AUGUCUGACCUCAGCCAAGUUGCAGUGUACUCAGACUCUUCAGAUAUUUACAAGAAUGUGUUUUGCAACCCUGCCUUUGAGCUGGAGGGGGAGCGAGAGGAGAGGGUGGAGGGAUUCAGGACGUCAUCAUCCACCCCUGAACCAAUCAAACCACCAACAGCAAACCUGGCCUGGGGUGUGUUCGGUGUGUGUGCGAUGCGUCUGCGGGGCCCUGGUUGUGGAUGGGGUGUUGUGGUGAUCUCUGCCGCUGCCCUGCUCCUGUUGACAGCUAUCGGACUGGCACUGGCCCUCAUCCUCACACAGAUAAAAGGCCAGGAAGUGGAAGAUCAGAUGUUGUCCACCAGCCUUCCAGACCUGCAGAGUGCCGGAGAUGGAGCAUCUACGUUACCCACAAUGCCUGCUAACAGAAGUCAAAUGGACAUCACAGCUUCACCCCAUCCUGCUAGGAUCCCACCAUCAGAAAAACGUACGGGAUUCAAGCAAAAUGGUCAUUUAUACGAUAUAAUCUGAUCAAUUAAAUGCAAAGCUUGUUAUUUGCAGGAUUUUCUUUCAGUGCAUAAGUCAAAGAAGGUGUUCCUUUUCGCUCUCUCAGGUUGUGGAGGAGUUUUAACCGACUCAGAGGGAAGCUUCAGUUCUCCAAACUACCCUGGCUCCUACCCUCCAAACCUGCUGUGUCUGUGGGUGAUCCGAGUCCCACCCCCCUUCCUGGUCCAGAUCCAUGUUUCCUCUCUGACCAUAGAGGGGCCUUCUCCCUGUCUGUUCGACUGGCUUGAGGUGCAAGAGCAGAGGGAGCAGAGCUCUGUGGUUACCAGGUUCUGUGGUAACGUAGCACCGCCAACAGUCAACACAAACAGCAGCGCGGUGUGGGUCACCUUCCGCUCUGAUGGCAGCAUCACAGGCAGCGGCUUCACGGCGCAGUACAGGGCCAUACUGCCUGGACACAAGAGCUGCUCCAGAGAAGAGUUCAUGUGUGAUGGUGGUCGCUGCCUGCUGCCUGUGUCUGUGUGUGACGGUCAUCCAAACUGCCAGGACCAAUCAGACGAGGCGAACUGCAGCCAUAAACACAAAGAAUGCGGCGGGCAGAAGACCGAGCCACAAGGCUACCUGUCAAGUCCAAACCACCCCAAGCCUUAUCCUCACCAGCAGUUUUGCAUAUGGUACAUAUCCGUCGAGGAGGGGAACGUCAUCACACUGAGCUUCAGGAACUUCAGCCUAGAGACUCAGGAUGUGUGCGAGUUUGAUUAUGUGGAGGUGCACGACAGCGCCGAUCCCGGAGCUGGAAGAGUCCUGGGAAGGUUUUGUGGUAACACCUUCCCUCCUGAGCUGACCUCCUCUGGGCCCCACAUGACGGUGCUGUUUGUGGCUGAUGAGGGAGUGGCAGACAGCGGCUUCAAUGCAACGUACCAGGCUGUGUCUGUGCUGGACAGGACGUGUGGUCCCAGCCAGUUUGCCUGCAGUACGGGGGAGUGUCUUCAGCAGCAGUGGUUAUGUGAUGGAUGGAACGACUGCCCUGACGGAGCAGAUGAACAGGACUGCAGCAACUCCACCUACCCUCUGUUCACUUCUUCAUGCGAGUCGAUAGAGGUGGAGAUGUGUCAUGGCCUCAGCUACAACCUCACCUCAUUCCCAAACAUCUGGCUAUCUAUUGCUGACCAGAAGGAAGCUGCCACACUCCUGCGAGCAUACCAGGUGCUGAUGGAGCUGGCUUGUUUCGAGCCCUUGCGGACGCUGGUGUGCGGGAUGUUUCUGCCCCAGUGCAGCCCUCAGGGUGGCGUCCUCCAACCGUGCCGCUCUGUCUGCUCCUCGGCUCAGCAGCAAUGUAGCCACACGCUGGAUCUCUUCUCCUUCAGCUGGCCCUUCAACUGUCACCUCCUGCCCGACUCACAGGACCCCAUGGAGUGCUCGCUGCCUUAGUGUGAGAUGAUCACCCACAACCUGGUCCAGUUUGAUGACACACCAUAUGCAGAAGUGAUGAGGACCUGAAGACCUGCAUUUGGAGGGACUGGUCUUUACCAAUAGAUCCAGAGCAUUUAAGACUUGUUGUGUGAAAGCCUAACUGCAACCCUCCCCUAAAAAUCCUUCAGUGCAUGUAUUAAAUGGUUUACAGUAUGUGUAGCUAUUUUACUGUAAAAUCUUGAAGAUUCAGAGGGAUGAGAAGAUUUAUUUCAGUUAGAUUCAGAAACCAGCAAAAAUAUUUCCUCACUAUUUAUU